GUACAAUAUUUAAGUGUGUGAUUCAUACAUAUAGUUGUAUUAUUCUUCCUUUCCUUGAAAUACAAAAAUAAAUGUUUAAAAUGUGUACUUCAUACGUAUUCUAAAAGAUGAACUGAAAUAAAAAUGCAACAAAACAGUUUAUCUAAAGCGACAGGGAAAGUUGGUUUAACAAUAGGACGUUCCUUAACCGUUUCCAACCUUCACCAAAAGAGAGAACAUGGACAUCGUACUCGUUGCAAAUCCUAUCAUGAUGAAUCAAAGACUCUUCAUCAAGUACAGAGUACAAGGCAUAAAAAGAAAUCAAGCAGAAGUUCAAAAGUUAUGUAUCCGGCUAAAUGCAUGUCAAUUAUGAAGCUGACAGCCAUUGCUUAUGGAGGUAUUAUUGCCAAAGAAAAUGAGCAAGAGAUGAAAAGGGUUCCGAGUAUAUCCGAAUUGAACGAGUUUAGCAAGAAAAUGAAAAGAUCAAGUAAAACGAUUCACCCUCAAUCAUCUGAGCCACAACUGGAAUUUCCAGAUUUAAGAACAUUUGACGACAAUAAAGGAUUUUUGUGUGACCAAGAACAAGCGUUUCAAGAGAAACGAAAAAAGGAAAUACGUAGUUCAUUAGAUAAACUACUGAAAACAGAGUUAAAUAUAGAUAGUGUUCCACAUAUAGCCCUGAUGGGGUCAGGUGGAGGAUAUAGAGCUAUGGUAGCCAUGUCCGGGAUAAUGAAUGCCCUGUAUGAUACAAACAUUCUUGAUUGUAUCUUGUAUACUGCAGCGCUGUCUGGUUCGUCGUGGUAUAUUGCAACACUGUACUCUGAUCCUGAUUGGCCAAAUAUUAAUCCAAAGAAAAUUCAAGAGAAGAUGAAGACUGCUAUUAGUGUAAAUCCUACAAACAUUCCCGCAAUACUAUUCCAUGGUCUGAAACUGUUUUCAAAGAAACUGAAAGGAAAAGAAUGGAACCUAACAACAGAUGUAUUUGCACCGACUUUGGGAAAGGUGCUGAUACCAAAGAGGUUAAAAUGUAAAUGGAGCGAUCAGGCAGACAAAUUGUCAGAAGGAAAAGUUCCAUUACCACUGUUAGCAGCUAUUCAUGCCAAAGACCAACAGAGUGCACAAACAUUUCAUGAAUGGGUAGAAUUUUCUCCUUACGAAGUGAUCAUUCCAAAGUAUGGAGCAGCAAUAAACAUGAGAAAUUUUGGUAGCGAAUUUGAUAAAGGAGUUCUAACAAAACAGAACAAAGAGAUCCCUCUUUAUGGAAUAAUGGGUAUAUGUGGAAGUGCUUAUACGCAGAAUCUUGAAGAGAUGGAACACAAAGGUUCCUGUUUCUUUAUGAAAAAAAAGAAUAAGUUAAAAUCCAAAAAGCAGAAUGUUGCUACCCAAAUCAAAAUGAGAGACCAACUGGAUACACAAGGAUCUGAAGGUUUUGAUGAAUUGGACGGUCCCUGCAGAAAUCAUAAUGAUACCGACAUCGAUUCAUACCAGCCUGACAACUCCAUCAAAUCAUCAGAUUAUGAUGGUCAAGAAGGUAAAGAAACAAAUGUGUUUCUACUUUCUGACAGUAACGAUUCAUCAGAUGAAGAAGACGAAGAUUAUUGGAUACAUCAAUCAGUUCAAUCAGAACUAAGUAUGGAGGAAAAGGAAGAACUGGAAGACUUGUUCAACACAGCAUGUCAGAUUCAAGAAGAAGAGAGCGAUCCAAAACUAAUUGAAAAGAUUAGAAGUGAGAGUGUUUUCGAUGAAGAUGAGGUAACAGAGAAAAAUGAGGAACGAUAUCAAAUGCAGAACGAUUCAGUAAAUACGGCCGAUGAAAUUGAUGGGUAUUUUGUUGACACAUAUAUGAAGCAACCUCUGAAGGAAUUGUUCUUAAAGAGUAGACGUCAUAGAGCAGCGGAAAUUAAUAACUUUUUGCGAAAAAUUUCUUUUGAUGAAACUGACAGUUGGUAUCCGUUAAGAGAUAGAAUACCUUUAUUUGAGAACUACUUGAAGAAUGACCUUGAGAAGUUAUGUUUAAUCGAUGCUGGUUUAGCGUUUAACUCUCCGUAUCCACUUCUCUUCCAACCCGGUAGAGACGUAGACCUCAUCUUGUCGUUUGAUUUUACAGACAGAAAAAAAGAUUCCAAUGACCCUUUCAAGACAAUACUAAAAGCGGAAGCUUGGGCAAGAAAACAUGAUAUCAAAUUUCCACACAUCAAUGUUGAAAAGUAUAAAGGAAACAAAGUACAAGAACUGUACAUUUUUGAAGAUGAAAAAGAUCCUAAAUGUCCUAUUAUCAUGCAUUUUGUACUGGUGAACAAUGAAUUCCGCACGUUUAAAAGUCCAAGAGUAGAACGAAGUGACAUUGAAAAGGAAUUUGCUAAUUUCACAAUUUUUGAUGAUCAGUCAACAUUCCACUGCACCAACUUCCAGUACAGCGCGGAAAAUUUUGAAAGAUUGUCACAACUUUCCGAGUUCAUAGUUCUUAAUAAUAUUGAAGAUAUAAAGGCUUGUAUCUCAAAAUGCAUCAAUAACAAACAAGAACGGAAACCGACUGGCCGGCAAAGACAUAAGACGGCGCCUUUGUAAUAUUAUUCUACUAUUGUGUAAUCGGAUAUCCGCAAAAAUCUCUUUGAGCUUCUGUUUUUUUAUUGACAGAUUAUUUUGAUCUUUAUUUAUUCUAUUUAUGUAAAAGAUUUUUCACAUUGUAUGCUUUAGCUACUUUUUUUUUUCUUUAUAUUAUUCAUCAAUAUUAGAUAUUUCCGUCUUUAUAAACUUCGUAUAAAAAAUGGGUUUGAAGGUGGGUUUGGUUUGUUCUCUCAUAAAAACUAGUAAUUAAGAUUCUAAUUUUGUUCUAGAUAUUCCCGUAUGGCGAUAAUUAUAUAUUCACACUUAUUUUCAGUUUCAAAUUGUGUCCACACUCAUUUCGAAGUGAACUGUUUAUCAUGUCAAUAAGUUUGAAAUAUUUGACUAUCCCUCCUUCCUUUGUAUAUUUCGUUGCUUGAUAUCUUUAUACAUUUUAUUAUUAGUUGUUUGUGUAUUGAGUCUUUGUAUAAUUUUAAUCACAUGUAAAUUAAAUUGUUGAAUGUUUUCGACCAAAUAAAUAUGAAUUAUUACAUUAUUUUAAUCGAUCCAAAUAAAUUUUAAUAAAUAUGUAGUACU